GGGAAAAAGGAUUGGAAAGCCAGGAGAAAGAAAUCACAGAGAGAGAGAGUUCGAGUGGGAUUUGGAGAUCAAAGAGGCGAGAGUGAGAGUGGGAAUUCGAGAAAGGGUUUGGGGGCUGGCGGUUUAUGCUCUGCGAGCUUAUUCUCCGGCUGUACCAGAAGAAGAGAGAGUAGAGGAGUAGAGGAACCCUAGGCGAGAUAAAAGAGGCUUUUUGAGAGAGCUUUGGGAAGCGAUUUUGUUGAGAGCUUUUUGGUUGGAGAGAAAAAGCGGGAGUCUCUUUUGUAGACUGAGGAAGCUUUUUGAUAAACUCUAGAGCACGAAUUUGAUAGCGAGAGUAAGAGAAAAAGAGGCAGAGGAGAUCGAUAUUUAGAGGAUUCAGCGGUAACCUUCUACGUCUUACAGAUCAUUAAACAAUGUCGUACGACGACGUGGAGAUAGAGGAUAUGGAGUGGAAUGAGGAGCUGCAGGCUUACACCUACCCUUGUCCAUGCGGUGACCUCUUCCAGAUCACAAAAGAAGACCUUCGACUUGGCGAGGAGAUUGCUCGUUGCCCUAGCUGUUCUCUAUAUAUAACUGUUGUCUACAACAUUGAGGACUUUCUCAAGGAUUCCAAUAAGAACACUGAGCCCAGCAACCAUCCACCCAUAGCUGUUGCGUGAUCGAGUUCAUUUGAAUGCUUGGACAGAGAUCUGGAUGGACUGACGUCGUUGCCCGUAGAUUCAUUUUUAUUACACUACAAUCUCUUGACAUAUAUGCAAUCAUAUGGAAAUGAUAAACUCAAGAUAUGAUGAUUACAUGCGGCAGAGAAUAGAUUGUGAUCAAUCUUGGCUGUUAGUAAACUAGAUAAGGAGUGUGUUGAUUUUUUUGGCAAUGUUCAUGAAUGAAUUUUUUUCUCUUUCAAUUGUGUACUGAGAGUAUUAUGGAAACUUUAGAGAUUUGAUCAUUGAGCAAUAUAAAUAUUCAUUUGAUUCACA